AUGUUCGGGAUCCAAAGCAAAAGAGACUUAACAACCGAGCUCCAAUCCCAAAUCCCGAUCCUCCGCCCCAGCAUCCACGCCCGACGAGCCAACAUCGUCGUCAAGUUCCAAGACCUAUACGGCUUCACCGUAGAAGGAAACGUCGACGACGUCAACGUCCUAAACGAAGUCAGAGAGAAAGUGAGGAACCAAGGGCGUGUCUGGUGGGCUCUCGAAGCUAGCAAGGGAGCUAACUGGUAUCUCCAGCCGGAUAUUCUGUUGACCGGAGACGGUAUCGUCUCGAAGACGUCUCUAAAGAUCUCGGCUUUGAGUAAUGCCAUUACGUUGAAGAGGCUGAUCAGGAAAGGGAUACCUCCCGUGCUGAGGCCUAAGGUUUGGUUCUCUCUCUCCGGUGCUGCUAAGAAGAAGUCUACUGUUCCGGAGAGUUAUUACGGUGAUUUGACUAAGGCUGUUGAUGGGAUGGUCACGCCUGCCACGCGGCAGAUUGAUCAUGAUCUGCCACGGACUUUCCCAGGCCAUCCAUGGUUGGACACUCCAGAGGGUCAUGCUGCUCUAAGGCGUGUGCUUGUUGGAUAUUCAUUUCGAGACUCUGAUGUUGGUUAUUGCCAGGGACUAAACUAUGUUGCAGCGUUACUGUUACUUGUCAUGAAGACAGAAGAAGACGCCUUCUGGAUGCUAGCAGUUCUUUUGGAAAACGUAUUAGUCCGUGACUGCUACACAACCAACUUGUCUGGUUGCCAUGUUGAGCAACGUGUUUUCAAAGAUUUGCUCUCCCAAAAGUGUCCUCGAAUAGCUACUCAUCUUGACGAUAUGGGCUUUGAUGUUUCCCUUGUAGCCACAGAGUGGUUUCUAUGCCUCUUUUCUAAAAGCUUGCCUUCUGAGACAACUCUACGAGUUUGGGAUGUACUUUUCUAUGAAGGAGCAAAGGUUCUUUUCCAUGCAGCUUUGGCAAUAUUCAAGAUGAAAGAGAACGAGUUGCUUAUGACACACCAGGUCGGUGAUGUAAUCAACAUAAUACAGACUACCUCACACCAGCUCUUUGACCCUGAUGAGUUACUAACGGUGGCGUUUGAGAAAAUUGGAUCCAUGACUACCAACACAAUAUCUAAGCAGAGGAAGAAGCAGGAACCAGCGGUGAUGGCAGAACUUGACCAGAGACUACGGAGACUCAACUCUCUUAAAGAAAGUGGUAAGAGUACAUAAAAGUGUUGAGCUGGGAGAAGAUGUGACAUAAAAGUGUACAACAAGGAAGGGAGUCCAAUGGUUUAUUUACUUACCCCUCUUGGUAGUCUUUCUUUUCUUAUCCUUCUGUUGAAGUAUAUAAAUAGGAUUUUUUUUUUUUUUUUUUUAACUUUGAGAGCAAAACAAAAGACCAAGAUCCAUUUAUGAGAUGGUAAAUGUCAAAGUUUCUUCACUUUUCUAAAGAUGUGUUCAUUGCC